GUCAUCGACACACGCUUGAGGUUCGUCCAAAAUAGUGCGCUUGAGAAAGAACAAAAAAUAUAUUCAAUAAAACUGCUGUAUUCCUUUAUUUCUUAUAAUGAAGAAUAAAAAUAAAAAACGUGUGAAAAAAUCCAAUGAGGAUCAAAGCCACCCGGUUACUAAAGUAUUAAAUAACGAUGCUACCGACGGUGAGACCAAAACAAAAAAAAGAAAAUCAACUAAUGAAACAAAAAAACAAGACAAAGACAAAGACAAAAAUAAAGAUCAAGUUACGGAUGAAAAUAAUGAUAAUGAAAAACAGCAAAGUGAUGAUGAAGGAACAACAGAAAAUGAAGUUAAAGAGUCAGAUGAUAAAAGAAAAAAUACAAGGCAUCCGGUAACAUCAAAAAGGACUUCACGCCGCCUGCAAACGCAGGAAGACCGAUUGCGUGCAAUUGAGGAAAUGUUAAACAACCAGGUAGCUCAAUACCAGCCUACAAUGCGAGGACGCCGGAACCAAUUAUUCGCCCCGCGAUACCAUGUUCCAAGUAGACGUCCAAAUUACCAACAGGCCAACAAUUAUUAUAGUAGCAGCGGUAAUUAUGUAAACCAGGCAUCACAUCAAUUUCAGCCAUGUCACAGAAUCAUCUCAUAUGGUGAACCAUAUCGCUCACGACCGCCAUUCACACCAAGAGCUUCGUUCGUACCACGAGCGCCAUUCAUACCAAGAGCUUCGUACGUACCAAUAAGAGCGCCGUUCGCACCAAGAGUGCAUUAUUAUUAAUAAAUCAACAACUUGUAAUUCCAAUAACUACCUUAAAUAAAUGUACUGAUUAAAAGUUACAAUAAAAAUAAAGUACAUAAUAAAAUCACCGUGGGAUUGCACACACGCAUCCAGGCUUCUUUUCUUUUUACUGUAUACUUGCAAU